AUAUUCUGAUUAAAAUAUCCGUAACAGUAAGCCAUCGAAAAGGAGGCUUCUAUUCAGUUUCUACCAUACGGGAAUUACUAUUUUCUCAAGGCAAUCUGUCAGCUAAAGUUAGUGAAAAGUUCCCAAACAUUCUGAAACUCGAGCGCCCAGUACGAAGUACGCGUACGCAUAUACACAUUUACCACAUUAUGUGUACAAUCUUACUAUAUGUGUCGUACUUUAUUGUCAUAAUGAGGUAAACUUAGUUUCGUUGUUUUGUUUGUCCCUAUCUCAAGUGUUCUCAUGUCUAUCCCUAUCUAGCUAAGUAGAUAUACUUAUAAACCUUUUGUCCUCUCCGGAUUCCAUCAAAUUGUCCGCUUUCCGUUUCCAAACGUGAGUUUGUUUUGUGAGCUAAAAGACGAAAACAAAAGAUUAUUUUGCCUUUAACAAAUGUACUCGUAUUAAAAUUUAUACCCAAAAAGGGCGCAUUCCAAUCUAUCAAAGCAGUUCUUGAUUUAUUCAUAAAACGUAUUGGUAAUGUCUUGUUGCAAAACCUAUGAAUCUCUAUUAGGCAGAUGCUGGCGCCGAAUUGCGGGUAGGUACCUACUUAUUUAAUCGAUACAAGCAAGCCAGGCGACGACAACAUUUUACAAAAACAAACAUUCAACAACAAUAUUUGUUCGCUUCGUUAAUAUGCUGCAAGUUUGUUCUUCCACUUAGACUUAAGUUGAUGAGUUGUUUACCUAAUUCACUCAGUUCAAUUAGGCUACAUUUCACAAUUUGUAUGACAGACUGGUCGUACUGUAGAUAAAGAGCUACAGACCGUGUAAUAAUUGUUUCAAUUUAGGUUUCAUAGAGACGGUUGACGAUCUCUGUGUUUUCAUUAAGGUUCAUUAUUAUGACACCAAUGCGAUGAAGUAUAUUGGCGACGUGAUGUGGCCGGCAAAGGCUCGGGGGCUCAGUAUCGUUGCUGCCGCCGCCGGCAGGCCGACAUGUCCAGCCGCCUUCUCGAAGACGGCUAGAGGCUGCCACGGCACAGCCUCCGACUAACCGACCCCUUAACGCGCCCACCGGGAUGGGACCGAAUGUAAAUAUAAACCACCUAACAUAUUUAUUCGGGCCGCAAUGGCUCCACAGACAAAAGGAUUAUUUCUCCUUUUAUUGCUUUGCGCACUCAGUGGGGGCAACGGGGACGAUGAAACAGAAAUUUUUGACGUUCUGUCGGUGGUCCGGGAUACCGACGAGCUCCCUGACGGCGUGACACUGUCGCCGGGGCGAUGCCAGUCACCCCUCCAGCCAGAAUCAGACUACACAUCUUACACCCUCAAUGAAAAUGCAACUCUACAUCAACUGGCGGCUGGCAUGUUCUACAAUACAUUCCCUGAAGACUUCUCUAUCAUGGCUGUUGUGCGGAUACCAGGAACAGAACAGAAUCCGAUAUUCAUUCUCUACUCGGACGCUGGCGACGAGCAACUCCAGCUGGUGGUGGGGAACUUGAUCGAACUGUACUACGAGGACACUAGGGGCGACCCCGAAGACCAUGAGCUCCUCACGUUCAGGGAAGACAUAGCUGAUGGAAACUGGCAUCGGAUAGCAAUAAGUAUAAAAGGCGACUCAGCAACACUUCUUCUGGAUUGUGAGGUGAAGGAAACAUUGCCACUCGGUCGGAAGCCAGGCAGCACGUUCAACUUGGCUGGAGCCUUAGUAGUCGGAUCACAGAUAACAGCCGAUCAGUACUAUGAGGGAGACAUCGAAAUUCUUCAGUUUUCAAACAAACCUGACACCGCAUACGACAUGUGUAUUUCAAUAGCUCCGGACUGUGGGGGAUCUGGAUCUGGUAUUCUAAUACCAGCACCACAAAUCAGUCCAGAAGUCAAACCUAUUCUAUACGCUGAAAGACAUAUAGAAACUCCAACAGAACACCCGAACUUAGGCACGAACACAGACGAUGAUACACGAAGGCGUUACGGAACUUUCAGCAGAAAUAGAUUCUUUGAUAGAAACGAAACAGACAACUUAUGGCCACAGAGAGCAACUACACCUCACCCAGACUGGGAAUUAUCCAGCGCUAACCCUGUCGUCAAUCAAUUUGCACCAUCUACGGACUCCGAUGAAAAUAGCAUUUUUGGUAGUUUUGACAACGAUUUCUUGCCAGCGGCAGCGUCACCUCCUCCACUCGGUAUUCAUCUAGUGAAUACUCUAGAAGAAACCACGCCAAGAUCUAAACGGGGUGACGAUGACGAUACGGAUGCGACUACUACCAUGGUGACCGUUACGGAGGUGCCUUACACUCCUAUGACGACCACUGAGGACGACGAUUGGCUCACUCAUCCGCCGGAACCUUCCCAAGGCAACUCUACAAUAAAUUACGAUUCAUCUGAAACCUACUAUGACUACGGCAGUUCUGGAACAUAUAUGGGGCCACGAGGAUAUCCUGGACCACCCGGACCUCAAGGGCCGAGAGGUCCGAAAGGAGAUCCAGGGAAACCAGGGUCUGAAGGCUCUCAAGGGUCUCCAGGUGCCCCAGGAAACGUAUUUGUUAUUCCUUUACAUCAAUCUGGAAAUGACAAAGGUCCCGACGCACAAUCGGAGGCUCUGCGACAGAUGUUUACUCAACACAUGGCUGCAAUGCGCGGAGCAGAAGGACCAAUGGGCCUAACUGGUCCUCCCGGCCCUGAAGGAGAUGUUGGACCUGAGGGCCCAAGGGGAGAACAAGGAGAGCAGGGGGAACCAGGUCCGCCGGGUCCUAGAGGCUUACAAGGGCCACCAGGUAGAUUAGGGCGCAGAGGUCACGCUGGUCGGGACGGGGAAAGAGGUUCUACUGGCGCUCCUGGGCAAAAAGGAGAGCAAGGCUACCCCGGUAUGCCGGGCAUGCCUGGUGACAAAGGUGAAAGAGGAAGCGCGGGACUCCAGGGUGAAGUAGGAGCACCUGGUCAAGACGGACCGCCAGGAGAUGACGGACCACCCGGACCACAUGGAAGCCCUGGAGAAUUGGGGCCUAGAGGUUUCAUGGGACCUAGAGGAUUCCCGGGUUUGAUAGGUUAUCCAGGCAUACCAGGGCUUGAGGGCCCACAAGGUGCAAAAGGGGCUUCUGGACAAACGGGGCCACCUGGACCGCCAGGACAGCCAGGCACUAUUGGAUCACCGGGCUCGUCGGGUCCACAAGGUCCUAUCGGUGCCCCAGGAAUUCAGGGUCCCCAAGGUAAACCCGGAAUAUCUGGUCUACCUGGUUCAGAAGGUAUUCCAGGAACACCAGGAAAUCCGGGUCAGCAGGGAAAACCUGGAGAUGUAGGCCCACAGGGCCCUCAGGGAAUGUUGGGAUUUCCUGGGAGUCGCGGAUUGAAAGGAGAUGAAGGCCCCAGGGGCUUACCAGGAGACAAAGGCGAUAAAGGAAUCAGAGGCAUCGAUGGUGAAAAAGGAGACAUUGGACCUAAAGGAGAAAGAGGAUUAACUGGAGAACCUGGACCUACAGGCAUCGAGGGACCCGAAGGCCAAAAAGGUAUGGAAGGGCCUAGAGGUGAAACAGGGCCUAUAGGUCAGGCAGGAGAAAAGGGUGCUACUGGUCCACAGGGACCACAAGGUUAUCCAGGUAGUCAAGGCGAAAAAGGUGACAAAGGUGCUACUGGAAGAAGAGGUAGAAGAGGCACAAAAGGAAUAAUGGGUUUAAUUGGACAACAAGGAGAUCGUGGUGACUCUGGACCAAGAGGUUACAGAGGACCACGUGGUCGCCGCGGUUCAGAUGGUGCACCAGGACCUAAAGGUGAUACAGGACAACCAGGACCGCCAGGACCAACAGGCGAGAGAGGACCUCAGGGCUUAGAAGGUGUCCGCGGUUUCCCAGGACCUAUAGGCCCACCCGGAAACGAUGGCAAAACUGGAUUACCGGGCCCACUAGGAGAACGUGGUCCAAUGGGUGAACCGGGAGCUCAAGGUGGAACUGGUCCUUCAGGGCCAGUAGGGCCUCAAGGACCUACAGGUGAACCUGGUCCUCCGGGCCCACCGGGUGCCUCUGGAAUACCGGGAACGCCAGGGGAUGUAGGAAGUCCGGGUGAAGUCGGAAAAGAAGGAGCACCCGGUCCAGCGGGUCCGGAAGGAAAACCGGGGCCAGUUGGAUCACCAGGCCCACCGGGAAAUAACGGGGAACCGGGAUUGCCUGGAGCAGCUGGUAUACCCGGCGCGAAAGGUGAUUUUGGCCCGGCGGGUCCACCAGGCGUGAGAGGUGACAAAGGAGAGCCGGGAGAACCUGGUAACGAAGGACCGCAAGGACCACAAGGCCGCGAAGGUCCACGAGGACCUCCCGGACCUGGAGGACAAAAGGGAGAAAUUGGUGAACCAGGCCCAGUAGGUCCAAAUGGUCGAGACGGUUUUCCGGGACCAAGAGGUUUAGCUGGUGCGCCAGGCCCAGUUGGACCUCCUGGUGAGGACGGCGAUAAAGGGGAAGCGGGACCUCCCGGAGAGAAAGGUUUUAAAGGCGCAACAGGAGAAACGGGCCCAGUUGGUUCACCUGGAAUACAAGGUCUACGCGGAGAAGCCGGACCGGUGGGUUUACCCGGUGAUAAAGGGCCACCGGGUGAGAUAGGUCCUCCUGGCCCAACAGGCACUGACGGAGUCCGGGGUCCUCCAGGACCUACCGGACCUCCAGGACCGCAAGGCAUCAAAGGUCAACCGGGGAUAAAAGGAGAUGUUGGUGAUCCAGGUGCUUUAGGAGCUACAGGGCAAAUGGGGCCGGCUGGACCACCUGGUCUUCGAGGACCUAAAGGUAUUCAAGGAGAGGUAGGCCCCCGCGGUGCUGAAGGUCAACCAGGAAACGUUGGUAAUCCUGGAGCUCCAGGCCCACCAGGUGUGCAAGGACCCGAAGGAAAACUGGGCCCUAGAGGACCUGCUGGUCCUAAAGGUGAUGAUGGUCCUGCCGGAAUUCAAGGGGAAACUGGACCAAAAGGAUCGCCGGGACCAGAAGGCCCUAAAGGGAAUACUGGUCCUGCUGGAUUUCCAGGAGAACAAGGCGAAUCUGGUCCUCAAGGUAUUAAGGGUGAACCAGGUCCAGAAGGACCAGAGGGUAGCAAUGGGCCACCGGGACCAAUAGGACCAGUAGGACCACCUGGCAAACCGGGAGAAACUGGAAUGCCCGGAAGCCCUGGUACAGAUGGUCCAGCAGGAACUCAAGGCAACCCAGGACUUCCAGGAGAAAAAGGUGACAUUGGUCCUAAGGGGCUGCCUGGAGAACAGGGUCCACCUGGCGCUACUGGUCCUCCGGGACCGGAAGGGCAACGUGGAGUUCGUGGUUUACCUGGACCUACAGGCGAAGUUGGAAAGCCGGGAGUUGCCGGACCUGUUGGACUGCCUGGUAAAGCUGGACCUGCCGGUCUUCAAGGAACUAAGGGUGACAAAGGCAAUCAAGGCCCAAAGGGUCAUAUCGGUGACACAGGGCAAAUGGGACUAAAAGGUGAUCAAGGAGACGAAGGCAAACAAGGAUUACCCGGACCUGUUGGACCAGCAGGACCCAAAGGAGACACGGGUCCUCCUGGGCCAGCGGGACCGAAAGGCGAAACUGGACUCACAGGCCCGCCAGGACCUGAAGGUCAACUAGGGCCAAAAGGCUCACCAGGACCUGAAGGGAGACCAGGAUUACAAGGACCACCAGGAACUCCUGGACCCCCAGGACCACCUGCUCCGCCCAUGCAAAUACCCUCGGAACUUUUCACGUCAUACACUCGUCGACGUCGCAGUGUCGAAUCCAUGGAAUCUGUGACUGAAGACAAUUUCGAGGAAGAAGAGGAAGAUAUAGAAUGGGUUAAAGAAAUCAUGACGGGUGUACUGGCAGCGCGUGGAGCUCUAGAGACAGCAAGACGUCCUCGCGGAGCAAGGACCAGCCCAGGACUGUCUUGUCGGGACCUCAAAUCUUCGCAUGCCAACAUGACGGACGGAUACUAUUGGAUAGAUGCCCGUGGUGGUGCAAGCAGUGGCCGACCCAUCAGAGUGUACUGUCAAGGCUACAGCACCUGCUUGCCCCCAGAUGACAGAGAACCAACGAUCUUCACUUCUGAAGCUACCGCCCAUAAGUUCUCACAAUCUGACAAUGGAUAUAGGCUUACAUACGAACGAGAGGGAUCUGGGUUCAUACAGCUAAGAUUCUUGAAAUUACUUUCAACCAAAGCUAGACAGAACUUCACAUACUCCUGUGUUAACACCAAAGCACCACAAAGAUCCGAUAUUCCGGCAGAUUUGACCAGAGUUAACAAACUCAAACUUUUCGGGUACAAUUCUGUGGAGUUCAGGGAACCACAAUUAAUAAAAGACGACUGCAAGGAGGGUACAGGCCAAAUAGUUUUGGAGAUUAAAACGACUCGAACAGACAGGCUGCCCAUCACCGACUUCCAGCCUUUAUCCUUCGCUGAUGCUGAACACCAGUUUACGUUCACACCUGGGCCCGUCUGUUUCACAUGACCUUUGCAGUAAAAAAUAAUUGUAAAUAAGGAUAGAAGCAUUGUGUACUUAAAGCGGACUUUUGUAAAUAUUGUAAAUAAAUGUUGUGACGACAAUUAA